AGGGUCAAAGCUGACGCAGCUCGUUGACUUGUCGCCAAAUCUCUUCCCUCGACUAGCAAUGUCGGACGUCGUCAUCGUCCGUGCCAUGCGCGCGCUCGCUUCGAGUUUUCUUGUCGGAGGGAUAUUUAACCCAAUCGAGCGCCGCAGCACCCACAAACGACGUCUCGUCUCGGAAGAAGAAGCUUGCCAUCGCAGUCUUCGACGCAUAUCCCCGAAGGAAGGAAACGCCUCACGCCACUGCUUCCUCCUGAUCCUUCUUCUUCUUCUUCAUCCUCCCCGAUCCUUACGUCUUCCGUAUCCGGCUGGCAUGACAGAAAGCUGUAGCAAUGCAAGUCCGAGCUCUAGUUCAAGUUUGAACAGCAGCUUCCGUGAUGAUACAGAGGACGAUCAGACCAUUGCGGCCAUCUUGGCAGAAGAGGAGAGCUCUAAGUCAGAUGGGAAGCUUGGAAAGAGACUAUCUCACUUAGAUUCUAUCCCGCAUACUCCUCGGGUAAUUGGAGAGAUUCCUGACGUGAACGAAGCAACAUUGGAUCACGAGCGGCUCUCUGAGAGAUUAGCGACAUAUGAUCUAGAAGAACUGCAAAUUGAAGGUGAUGGGAAUUGCCAGUUCCGAGCAUUAGCUGAUCAAUUAUUUGGCAAUUCAGACCAUCACAAAAUUGUAAGGAAGGAGAUAAUAAAGCAGCUAAAGCAUGAGAGGAAAUUGUAUGAGGGUUACGUGCCCAUGAAGUACAAGAGCUAUUUAAAGAAGAUGAAAAAGUCUGGAGAAUGGGGAGACCAUGUCACGUUGCAAGCAGCUGCAGACCGUUUUGUAGCAAAAAUUAAUUUGGUGACCUCUUUUAAGGAAACUUCGUACAUUGAGAUCGUUCCAAAUGGCAAGAAUCCUACAAAAGAGUUGUGGCUCAGCUUUUGGAGUGAAGUACACUACAAUUCAUUAUAUGAAACAGGAGAUGUCCCUGCUAGAAAACCCCGAAAAAAGCACUGGCUUUUCUGAAGAGUUGAUGUUACCAGGAGGUCAACCUGCAGCAUUGGCAGCUUAGUGUAAUGCAUUGUUGCAAGCUGUGCUAUUGGUGUUACUUCAACUGCCGAGAAAACUUAGUUUGGAGAUGUGUUUUCAGAUAAUUGUUUUCUGUACAUAACAGCAGUCCUAGAUUGAAGAAAACAGACACUCACGUACACAUCAAGACCUAGAGUUUGCGGAAAUGACUUUCAUUGUAUACCAUUCUGGUUGUUUUUACAUUCUUUGGACAAAAUAUACGUUGGAGUGAGACGGGAAACUAAAGACCUCAUGUUAUUUGAAGGAAUUGAGAAUUGAAAGGUCGUCUUUUCU